UGGAAUCUCGACGUGUUGGAACAUCACUCUACGGAUGGCGUCUGCUUUUAUCUCGCUGCUCUUCAUUUAUGCAUUCAGUAAACUGUACGCGAAUGCCUAUUUUUCGAUUCACGUUGAUCCGAGAAACGAUCGAUGCCCCAAAAACUGGGCGCUGUUGAACAAUCGGUGUUAUGGGAACUUCACCUUCUAUGAUACGUUUGAUGAAGCAGAGCAUUACUGUAUGAAACUGUACGAUACGCACCUAGUAUCCAUCCAGAAUGAAGUGCAACACGCCAUUACUGCUGCACUCCACCUGCCUAACAGAUCCAACGGUACCUGGACUGGACUCAGAGUCGGUGCUGCGGGAAACAUGUCAUGGACCGAUGGCUCUGAUGUCACAUUUGUGUCAAGAUUCAUUACAAAUACCACCGAAGGCUGUGUAGCAAUUUUGCAAGAUGUCGGUUGGCAGGUUAUUGAUUGCAACACGCGUCUUUACUCUGUUUGUGCCCGACCUUCGUUCCCGUGUGCAUUAAUAUGUGAUCUUGAGUCAUAUCCAUAUUAUUCUUCUGGAGAUUAAUACAUUAUUUUUAUGUUUAUUCCAUACGAUUCCUCCACUAU